AAGACUUGCUGCUCUUUCUCCACCCCAGCAGCGAUGGCAGCAGCUGCUAACACGCGCACCUUCCUGCUCUUCUCCACCCCAAACAAGCUCUUCUCCUUCUCUCCUUCCACUCCCUCCAAAACCCUUCCAAAACCCUUCUUCCUUCCUCUCGUCAAAUCCCUCCAUUCCUCCCAAACCCCUCUCAAAUCCAAUCCCCCAAUCUCCAAAUCCAUCCAUCGAUCGAACGUCAUCGACAUCCUCCAGCAAAGGGGGCUCAUCGAAUCGAUCACCAGCGACAAUCUCAGGCAAGCCUCUUCAAAUCCAGCCGUCCGUCCGCUUAAAGUCUACUGUGGGUUCGAUCCAACGGCUGAGAGCUUGCACUUGGGGAAUUUGAUUGGGAUUAUUGUUCUGUCGUGGUUCCGGAGGUGCGGGCAUAGGACGGUCGCUUUGAUUGGUGGGGCGACAGCGAGGAUUGGUGACCCGUCCGGGAAGAGCUUGGAGAGGCCGGAAUUGGAUGUGGAGACGGUGGAGAGGAACAGCGCUGGGAUUGAAGAUACGGUCCGAAGGAUUUUGGGUAGAAGCGAUGGAGCCGUGGGCUAUGGAAAAGAUCGAAUUUUGGAUGCGGGUUCUGAAGAGAAUGCGGUUUCGAAUUUGAAUUUUGCAGAAAACGCCAAUUUGGAUGUGGAUUCUGAAGAAAAUGUGAUUUCGGAUGCGGGUUCUGAAGAGAAUGCUGUUUCGAAUUCAGGUUCUGCGAAAAAUGCCAAUUCAAACGUGGGUUCUGAAGAAAAUGCAAUUUCGGAUUUGGGUUUUGAAAAAAACACGAACUCGUAUGCGGGUUCUGGAGAUUCUUUCGUGAUUUUGAAUAAUUACGAUUGGUGGAAGGGCAGGAAUUUGUUAGAUUUCCUAAAAGAGGAAGGGCGCUUUGCGAGGGUCGGCGUGAUGAUCUCCAAGGAGAGUGUUAAGAGGCGAUUGGCUUCUGAGGAAGGGCUGAGCUUCACCGAAUUCACGUAUCAGCUAUUGCAGGGAAGUGAUUUCCUGCAUCUGUUCAAGAAUGAGGGUGUGAAUGUUCAAAUAGGCGGGAGCGAUCAGUGGGGGAAUAUCACUGCCGGGACUGAAUUGAUUCGGAAAAAGCUCCAAAUCGAGGGAGCUUAUGGACUGACCUUCCCUCUUCUGUUGAAGAGUGACGGAACCAAGUUUGGGAAAUCUGAAGGUGGAGCGAUCUGGUUAUCACCGUCGAUGUUGUCGCCGUAUAAGUUCUACCAGUACUUCUUCUCUGUCCCAGAUUCCGACAUAGUGAGGUUCCUAAAGAUUCUAACUUUCUUGAGUUUGGAAGAGAUUGUGGAGCUGGAGGAGGGGAUGAAGUGCCCCGGAUAUGUGCAGAACUUGGCCCAAAGGAGGCUCGCUGAGGAAGUGACCCGUUUUGUUCAUGGCGUAGAUGGCCUAAUGGAAGCGUUGAAGGCAACCGAAGCAUUGAGACCCGGGGCCGAGACACAGUUGGAUUGGAAAACGAUCGAGGAGAUUGCCGAGGAUGUCCCGUCUUGUUCUUUGGCUUAUGACCAGGUGUUGAACGCAUCUCUAGUCGAUCUAUCAGUGUCUGCUGGCUUGCUAGGUAGUAAAUCGGCAGCCCGGCGGAUGGUGAAGCAAGGGGGCCUUUACUUGAAUAACAAAAGAGUUGAUAGUGAGGAGAAGACGAUUGAAGCAGAUGACUUUGUCGAUGGGAAAGUGCUCUUGUUAUCAGCUGGGAAGAAGAACAAAAUUGUUGUAAGAAUCUCUUGAUGACUCUUCUUGAAUGAUUAUGUGGUUAUCUAUUUAUUUUAUAGUCAGAUUUUGGUGCAUU